UCAGGGUCCCGCUCUGAGUCCCCACCCCUGGAGCCCAGGCACCUGCCUUUCUCCCCUGCAGCCCUGAGUGAGAAACCCCACAUCCGUGUAAGGGAGCCUCUGGAGUCCGGCCACCCCACAGAGCUGGCCUGCAGCCUGCCAGUGGCCUGUGAAGGGGGACGACCUCUCACCUUCUCCUGGGCGGGAGCCGCUGUGGACUCGCUGGACCCCCAGAACCUCAGCUCCUCGGUGCUCACCUUCACCCCGAGGCCCCAGGACCAUGGCACCAAUCUCACCUGUCAGGUGAAACGGGAAUGGCCUCAGUUGACCACACAGAGAACCAUCCAGCUCAAUGUCUCCUAUGCCCCUCAGAACCUCACCAUAGGCGUCUCCUUCAGAAACAACACAGCCUUUAAGAAUCUACAAACCACAUCCCUUACCGUCCUGGAGGGAGAGGCCCUGAGGCUUCGCUGUAAGGCUGACAGCAACCCCCCUGCCGAGCUGAGCUGGUUCCGGGGGUCCCCAGGCCUGAAAGCCACCCCCAUCUCCAGCACCGCGAUCCUGGAGCUGCCUCGCGUGGGGCCUGCACAGGAAGGAGAGUUCACCUGCCAAGCUCGGCACCCGCUGGGCUCCCACAGCGUCUCUCUCAGCCUCUCCGUGGCCUGUGAGUGGGGAGACCCCGGGGGGGAGGACAAGCUGAGCCCAGGUGUGCUCCAGGACCACGGACAGCGCCAACCCUCUGGCCAGGAGCUCCCCAGCUGGAUGGAUCGCCCCCUGGAGGCCGAGCCUUGCCCUGUCUCCUAUGGAGUAUGCCAAGUCCACUUCUUCAGCUCAGAUGAGUGGG